AUGCCCUUUUGCGUUCUUGUGAUAGAAACCUCGAGCAGAGAGAGAGAGGACCAUCGGUCAUCUGGAGAGAGAGAGGACCAUCGCUCUGACAGUAGAGAUAGAGAGAGAGAUAGGUACCAUUCCGACUCUCGCAGGAGAAGUGAUGAAGAUGGCCGGAAAAGGCGCCGGAGUUCUCCAUCCGAACAUCAUCCCUAUGGAGAAGAGAGAGAAGAACAUGGCGACGAGAAUUACAGGCGUCGAAGUAAGAGGCAAGCUGGUGAGGCUGGAGACAUAUGGUUUAGGGUUGUGGUACCUUCAAAGCAGAUUGGAAGGGUGAUAGGAAGAGAGGGAAGCCAGAUCCGGAGGAUAAGAGAGGACACCAGGGCCAAUAUCAAGAUUGCUGAUGCCCUAGCCCCAUAUGAAGAUCGUGUCAUCCUCAUAAGUUCUAGAGAUGAUGAUCGUGAAACUUCUGAUGCAGAGCAUGCACUCUAUUACAUUGCCAAGAUUAUUCUCAAGGAGGAUGACACUAGUGAUGAAAAGGUUGGGGGCCAUUCAUCAGCCAACACAAUCCGGCUUUUGAUUGAAGGUUCCCAAGCUGGUUGCCUGAUUGGGUAUUCUGGUCAGAACAUUAAAGAAAUUAGAAGCUCCUCAGGGGCCAACAUUCAGAUCAUGGAGCAGAAACACUUGCCAAUCUGUGCAUCUACCUGUCAAUCUGAUCGGUUAGUUCAGAUAUCCGGUGAAGUCCGAGAAGUGCUAAAAGCUCUGGAGAAAAUCAGCUACAAGCUCAGGGAAACUCCACCCAAACGAGUAAUCUCGCUAAAGCCGGCGUACAAUUAUGGCUCAGUUCCUCCAAGAACGUCGUCACAUAUGUCUUCAUAUUCAGAUCAUGGUUAUUCGGCCCAUCGUAGCUCCAAUCAUAGGUCAUCCACCUAUGCAAAUGAUGUGGUGACUACUGAAAUCUCAGUUUCAGAGUCAGCAGUUGGUGGUUUGAUAGGGAAGGGCGGCUCAAAUAUCUCUAAAAUUAGGCACCAAUCAGGGGCUUUGGUUAAGGUCUCAUCGGGGAGAGGUGAGAGAGGGCAAAGACAAAUUCAUAUUAGUGGUGGUCCUCCGCAGGUUGCCUUGGCAAAGAGGUUGAUUGAGAGAUACGUAGACUCCCAAUUGCAUGAACACGAUUACUAGGACUUUAUUUAUUUAUUGUUGUUUCUCUAAUUCUUAGAAAUACAAUGAAACAUAUAUAAGAGAGAAGAGCUGCUGUGUAACGCCUUUGAUGAUCCUUUAACCUCAUGUAUCUCUUUGAGUCUUCACUUUUGUUGAUCCUGUAUUUUAUUUCUAGGUUUAGUUGAUAUAUAUACCUAUAUAUUAUAUGGAAAAAUAUCAUGUCUGCUCAUGAAUUGAU